CCCCUUUAGCCCCAUCUGCCACCAUCACUGCCCGCAGCAGCAGCAGCAGCCUCUUCAUCGGCUCCUCCGUCCUGCUCCCCAGCCUCCAACUUUCACCUUUUGUUCUGCGGUCAUGGGAUGCGCUGUGUCCUUUUUGCUUGGGCUGCUGACAGGCUUGACCGUGCUGUGAGGCGGAUACCAGGUGGAUUUAUGGUCCGCAAAGCCGCAACUACAAGCCGAGGGAAAUUAGUGGAACUUUGAGCUCCGGGAGGAUGCAGGUGACGUGUUGGUGCGCCGUGUUCCUCCUGACGCCUGCACUUUGCCUGGUUACAAGUGCCCACGCCUCAAAGUCGGACAUUGUCAAGUCGGGAAGCCCCAAAUCCACACUAAAGCAUAUAUGGACAGAAAGCAGUAAGGAUAUGUCCAUCAGUAGGCUGCUGUCACAGACUCUACAUGGCAAAGAGAACAGCACAGCCUUGGACCUUCGCUAUGACACUCCAGAGCCCUACUCUGAGCAGGACCUGUGGGACUGGCUGAGGAACACCACGGACUUGCAGGACUCGCGGCCGCGGGCUAAACGGCGGCCAAUGGUUAAGACGGGGAAGUUCAAGAAGAUGUUCGGCUGGGGGGACUUCCACUCUAACAUCAAAACGGUCAAACUCAACCUGCUAAUCACCGGGAAGAUUGUGGAUCAUGGCAAUGGCACUUUCAGUGUCUACUUCCGCCACAACUCCACAGGCCAGGGCAACGUGUCCGUCAGCUUGGUCCCUCCAACCAAGAUAGUGGAGUUCGACGUGGCGGCGCAGCAAUCUGUAAUUGACGCCAAGGACUCAAAGUCCUUCAACUGCCGCAUAGAGUACGAGAAGGUGGAGAAGGGCGCCAAGAACACACUCUGCAACUUCGACCCGUCCAAGACCUGCUACCAGGAGCAAACCCAGAGCCACGUCUCCUGGCUCUGUUCCAAACCUUUCAAAGUCAUCUGCAUCUUCAUUUCCUUCUACAGCACCGACUACAAACUGGUGCAGAAAGUGUGCCCAGACUAUAACUACCACAGUGACACUCCCUACUUCCCUUCUGGCUGAUGUUCCCAUACACUCAGAUCCAGAAAGUGGACUAGUGGAGCACAGACUGGGGCUUCUACCAUCCCAGAGAAAUGUGUAUGUUAGCUGUACUGUCCCUGAAUACCAGAGUGUCAAUCAUCCCAACUGAUUUCCCGAUUCAAUGUUUUGAAUUUUGCAGAGAGAGCAGUUAAUUUUAACUGGUGAUAUGUAGGACUGUAAUAUGCUUAAAAUG